AUGUCGCAGAAGCCUCAAACACGAUUCAGAGAGUCAAGGAAGGACCUGAUACCUACUUGCCUGGCAUGGGGCACAACCGGUAGCACAAAGAAUAUCCUAUUAGCCGGUAUGUCUGGAAGGUCUGGGGAAGAUGAGGUGGUGGAGAAUGGCCUUCUUACCGCGUGGCAUGUGGGCGAGGCUUCAGUGACCAAACGGCAAUUCCAACCUAGUUCCCAGAACAUCUUUGACAUCAAAUGGCAUCCUAGCUUGCCAAGAUUUGCGACAGCAAGCACAGUGGGACAAAGCCAAGUAUCUCGGAACACCCAGUCUGUGGUGCGCGUGUUUGAGCCAUUAAUGUGGAAAUCACCGAUGAUUGAGUUUGAGUGUCCUGCUUUGGAUAUCAAUGACAUCACCUUCUGUCCAUAUAAUCUACACUAUGUAACCGCCAGCUGCACGGAUGGGGUUACAUAUGUAUGGGAUUUCCGCAAGCAUGAUCAAGUCCUUCUCAAACUUUGUCAUGGCGAACCUCUGCAUCAACUUGAUAUGAACCGCUCCAGGGAGCAGCAGGAUAUAGGCGUCGGGAUGGCCUUAUGGGGGAAUGAGAGUGGUGAAUUCUAUACAGGGGCUUCAGAUGGGAUUGUCAAGCAGUGGGAUAUACUGCGCUCUCAGAGAGACGCACCUACUCGCACCAUUUUCGAACUUAAAGAAGAGAUCACCUGUGGUGCCUUUUCCGGCGAUCGCUCGCAUCUCCUUCUCGGGGAUGCGGGUGGAGGCAUCCAUAUCCUCUCUCCAAACAUACCUUAUAGUGAAGAUGAGGAGAGAGAUGGCCGUGACACAAGCAUGGAAUUUAAGCAUGCCUCCUGGCCGCCCCGUGAUGACCAUGGUCCAGAUCCAGAAUCCGGUGUUGCAUCCGCUCGGGAGCUCUUGAACUCGGGUAGACUAAAACGACACCCCAACUAUGGAGUGGGACAGGGCCCCCUGUAUGAUGGACCUUUUGCCAGCUGGGCUCGCCCACUAGGGACUCAUCCGUCCCUUCUCAGAUGCACUGAUCUUAAUCCAGCUGUGAAGCUUGUCCAGCUCGAUGGGCUGCCUCUCGAAUGCCGCCCUGGAUUAGAUGGAAUUGCUCGCAAAACAAUAGAAGCUCACAGAAAGAUGGCCAAGAUCCGCAAUGGUCAGCCCCACGAGCACAAACGGAAAAUAGAUGUCGCCUUCGUGGAUCUUUGCAGUGAAGACGAUGAGGGCGAGCGAUGUCCGCGUACAUCUGGUGGCUUGAAGAGACGACCGGCAGCUGUACGACGUUUUAAGGGAUCAUUCAUUGGCUUUUCUAACCUUGACUGCGAGGUUAUCGAUCUGACAGGUGACACCUCAGAAGAUGAUGCGAUGGCUGGAACGCCUGAGCCUAGCGCGUCCUUUCCUGAUUUAAGAGGUUUACUAGAAACGCUCAGAGAAGAUGUGGAAGAGGAUUUCUGGUGGCCAGCGAGCAACAUGAUCGAUCCUAACUUUCCACAAGGAAAUGCCUAG